AUGCUUUCCCUAUCUUCUCUGGCCCAAUUGACCCUCGUUCCUGCUGCUGCUGCUCAGGCGUUCAACCUCUAUGAACAUCUAGGAAACCUCUCGCCAUACUUCACGCCUCCCAAUACCCCACCAUCUCUGCUGUCUGGUAUUCCAGAAUCUUGCUCUGUGGAUCGUGCCUUUUUGGUUCAUAGACAUGGUUCUCGUCAGCCCAUUUCCUCAGAACUGCCUACCAUUCAGAACCUUUCAUACUAUAUAAACAACAAUACCGCCUUGUUCAAAAACCCUCAAGGUCAAUUACCAUCUGAAUUCUCAUUUCUGAAGAGUGGAUGGUCGAGCGGUUUUACACUCAACAAUUUAUCUGCUCCUGGCAGGCAACAAUUGUUCGACCAUGGUGUGGCUUUCCGUCUAGACUAUCCUUCUCUGUAUACCGAUACAGUGCUAGCUGGCGACCAAGACCGCGUGGUAGAAAGUGCUCAAUGGUUCAUGGACGGCUACUACGGCCGCUACGUCGAGGAUGUAGCUGUCUUGAACAAGAUCGCCGAGGAUAAUCUGACCAUUUCCUGGAUAACUUCAACGGAUACGUGCAAGACUUGGGAAUAUAGCUCAGGAAACGAUCUGGUUACAGAUUGGGGCAAGGUCUACCUGCCCAGCAUCGCCACUCGCAUGAACAAAGCUCUGUCCAGUGCAUACCCUGGUGUGAACUUUACAGCACAACACGCCCACGGGGCUCUCUGGGCUUGUGCCUAUGGUACUGCUGUGUAUGGAAUAGGUCGCAGCCCAUGGUGUGCAGUCUUCAAGCCUCAAGAGAUUCUCGGAUUUGAGUAUGAACUUGACCUACUCAUGAGAGGUGCCUUUGGCUACGGACUACCUAACGACCAAGGUCCUGUUCUUGGAAGCCUGCUCGUCAGCAACGUAACCACCUUCCUCCAAAGCUCAACCGGCCAAAACCUCUCUUUGAACUUCGCUCACGAUACGACCAUCGACCUCGGUUUGACCGCACUUGGUCUUGCCUACGACCAGCAAUACCCUGCCACUGGUCCCCCAAACCCCUCCCGUAAUUGGCGAACAAGUACUCAAGUCCCCUUCGCAGCUCAAAUGCUUUUCAAGCGCUUGAGUUGCAGCAACAACGAAACUAGAAUCCAACUCGAGCUCAACGGAGCAAACUUUGAUCUCAGUCCCGUAGGCUGUACCUCGGAUUACUACGGCACCUGCAAACUUGCCGACUUCGUGGCAACCAAACAUGUGCAAACCGCCAUGAACAUUACAGACGGCGAUGCCACUUGGAAUGCUGCAUGCUUGUAG